CACACAAUACUAGCUUUGCCCGGCCACGUGUUGCUGUGGCUGAUGGGAAUCCUUUGUUGGCCUGGUGGAAUAGCAGUGAACAGCCUUGCAGUCUCAAAGCCUGGCCGUUUUCUGGAGUAGCUGGAGCUUUUUGUUGUAUGAACGUAGAGGCAUGGACGAGGGGUUGUGCUGUGAAGUUUAGUGUUUUUGGGGUCUAGUUUUGUUGUUUUGUCCUAGGCCAAAACACCAUUACCCUUAUAUAUAUAUAUCUUUGAGAUUGGUAUAGUAUCAUAGGUUUGGAGGUGUCGCCUCAAAGGCCACCCAACCCAGCCGUCCUUAAGUGUGAUUCGUUUGCAAGUCGGGGACGGUGGUGUUGGUGGUGUCGGCGGCCAACCUGUUGCCGAACCCUGUUGCCGGGCAUUCCUCCGCCGCCCGAAGAAGAGCGGAUUAAGCCGCGUAUUUAUGAGGCUUAGGGCCCCAAAUCCCGCCAAAGCCGCGACUUUGCCAGAUAAACAGCCCGCUUUGCGAAGGCGGCCCGUUUGUGAAAACACAAUUAAGAACCCAAGGAGGGGUGUGAGGGCCCAUAAUCCCCGCUAAUGAGGAGGAGCAGGCGGCGGCGGCGGCGGAGGCUGGAUGGUCAUCCUCUUGUCCGGACAUGGACGGAGCCAAGCGCCCCGGCGGAGGAGCCUCCUUCACCAUCGACUACUUGCUCUGCGACAAAGACAAGACGGCGGAGAACGCUAUGGUUGCGGCAAACGUGGCGGAGACAGUGCCCGGCCCGGACCCGGAGAAGCCCAACCAGUCCUACAUCGCCCUCAUCUCCACCGCCAUCCUCUCCUCGCCCGAGAAGAAGCUCCUGCUCUCCGACAUCUACCAGUGGAUCAUGGACAAGUACCCCUACUUCAAGAACAAGGAGAAGAGCUGGCGCAACAGCGUCCGCCACAACCUCUCCCUGAACGAGUGCUUCGUCAAGGCCGGGCGCAGCGAGAACGGCAAGGGCCACUUCUGGGCCAUCCACCCGGCCAACCUGGAGGACUUCUCCAAGGGAGACUACCACCGGCGACGGGCCCGGCGGCGCAUACGCAGGAUGGCUGUCAACUUGGGCUACUUCCCUCCGUGCGCCCUCCUGGGCUUGGGAUGCUGCCCGCCGGUGCGCCUGGGCCUCUGCUGCCCGCCUUACGGGACCCCCAUCGCGGCCACGGCCCUGCGCCCACCUUACUGCCCGCCAGCCUUCCCUCCGCUGCUCUUGCCCUCCUGGCCGCAGCCCCACGCCACCCUCUGACCGACUCUCGGAUCAACAAAGAAGGACUGCCUUGCACAUUUGGCCUGUUUUUGCGGGCCGUUCCCUGGGGAUUCGAACUCUGGACCACCUCUGUUCCCACUAGACUAUGUGACUGUAUGCCUGACGCUAUUCCAGGGCAAAUUUCAGUCCAGACUUCGCAGCCAUUCUGGAAUUAUAUGGCGUAAAAGAGUGUAUACAUUUUUUUGGGACACUAUUUAUUAUCCAGCAUCUCAACUUCAUCAAUGGGGAAGUGGGAGGGGCUGGGACCCAAUGUGGGCGGGGCUGGCCCAGGACAAAACCUGGAUCCAAUUCCUGCACAUUUUUUUCCUAUAGCUAUGUAAUAAAUGUUCCAAUAUUAUUAUUGCAAAUAUUA